CAUGUAGGCUUCAAGAAAAGACAACAACAAAUGCUUUGCAAAGGCUGACUCUCUGUGUGAGUGGGAGCCCCUGGGUGUCAGACUGUGGACAGGCGUGGCAGUGGGCUGGUCCAGGCGCACCGAGCGAUGCAAAACAUCAGGGUCCACUGACUUGGUAUCAGCUGAGGCCCUGAAAUAGUCUGACAAAGGAGCCCUGGUGUUGCGAACCAAUAGUGACAGAUUUAUUGUAAUUAAAGCACAUCUGCUUCCUGUGUGGGUGUGCCGCACCCGCACAGAGGACGCGCUCCUGGGGAUGCACUGAGUUAUCUCCACCCAGCGCUGUUUGUAAGACACCCAUUGCAAACCAGUAGAAGAUGAGCAAGUCCCCCACCCCCAAAGGCACCCCGGUGCAGCGCAGCCCCAGUGAUGGGGUCCCCGAGGUCCCCGAGGUCCUCCAGUCUCCUCAGCAUUCCACACCCAGCUCCGGACCCCAGCAUAAGAAACGCAUCUCCAGCCUCCUCCAGAGUCCGUCGUUCAGGGAGGAGCUGGAUGUGCUGAUCCAGGAACAGAUGAAGAAAGGUGGCAGCUCAUCCAACCUAUGGGCACUGAGACAGCUGGCUGAUUUCAUGGCGUCACACGGCUCCCCGGCCGCCCUGCCUGUCUCCCCUUCUAACAUGAUGAUGGUGACACCCAUCAACGACCUGCAAGGCUGGGAGCCCGGCAGCAUGGUGAAGGGGGAGAGGUUGAUGCGCUGCAAGCUGGCCAGUGUCCAUCGCCUGUUUGACCUGUACGGCUGGGCCCAGAUCAGCCGCACCUGUCUCACUCUGCGUGUCAGUAAAGAACAGGAACACUUCUUGGUGCUUCCAGACGGUCUGGCCUACAGUGAGGUCACUGGAUCCAGUCUGGUAAAGGUGAAUAUCCUGGGUGAGAUGGUGGAGAAGGGCAGCACCAACCUGGGCGUGGACACAGAGAGGUUCAGCCUGCACUCAGCCAUCUACUCGGCCCGGCCAGAUGUCCGCUGUCUGCUUCACCUCCACACACCUGCCACGGCUGCGGUUUCAGCUAUGAAGUGUGGCCUCUUGCCUCUGUCCCAUGAGGCUUUGCUGGUGGGCGAUGUGGCUUAUUACGACUACAAUGGAGUCAUGGAGGAGGAGGAGGACAGAGUGGAGCUGCAGAAGAGCCUGGGGCCGACCUGUAAGGUUCUGGUGCUGAGGAAUCAUGGCAUCGUGGCUCUGGGGGAGUCUGUGGAGGAGGCCUUCUACACCAUCUAUCACAUCCAGGCUGCCUGCCAGAUCCAGGUGUCAGCUCUGUGCAGUGCCGGUGGCGAACACAACCUGAUUCUGCUGGACCGGACCAUCCAUAAACCCAACAUAGCCGGCACCGUGGGCUGGGCUGGCUCUACUUUUGGACCCCUUCACAAGAGCCGCAUCGGGGAACACGAGUUCGAGGCCCUCAUGAGAACCCUGGAUAACCUGGGCUACCGUACAGGCUACGCCUACCGUUUCCCUGUGCUGCUGGAGCGAUCGAGGACGCGGAGGGAGGUGGAGGUGCCUGCAACCGCCACGGCUUUCCACCAGUUCGAUGAUGACGGGGUCCACCCGGCUCUGAGGCAGCACCCUUUCGCCCAGCGCCAGCAGCAGGAGAGGACUCGAUGGCUCAACACUCCCAACACCUACCAAAAAGUCAGCCAGGAGCAAGCCAGCCCAGGACACCAGCGCACCACUUGGUUGAAGACAGAAGAGGUGACACAAGCUGGCAGCACAGCCAUCAAGAUAGAAAACCCAAACCAGUUUGUGCCUCUUUUCACCAACCCUCAGGAGGUGAUUGAGACUCGAAACAAGAUCCGACAGCAGAAUCGUCAGGACACGAAGACAGCAGGACCGCAGUCUCAAGUCCUCGCCAGCGUUAUAACAGUUGACAGUCCUCCGUCUCCAGUCAGCCCGCCUAAAGUCCCUGCAGAGCCAGAACCUCCCAACCCCUUCAACCAGCUGACAGAUCAGGAGCUGGAGGAGUACCGCAAGGAGGUGCAGAGGAAACAGGAUGGAGGCACCAAUGGGGAGGAGGUGGCAAAUGAACAGGAGUCUCCCCCCGCUACCUCCCCCACAAAGGGCCCUCCGCCCAGCCCCCCUCCUCUCUCAGAGGAGGCAAAGACCGAAUCUCCAGCCAUACAGAACGGAGGCGAGGAGGAGAAGCAGACGACAGAGGAGCUGGAGAAAGGGAUGAAAGCGCUCUCAACCAACGACACCUCCUCCCCCCCUGCUGCUCCACCUGCUAAACCACAAGGGGGCACCCCUGAGUGCUCGCCUUCCAAGUCCCCGUCCAAGAAGAAGAAGAAGUUCAAGCCGCCGUCGUUCCUGAAAAAGAGCAAGAAGCAGAAGGAGAAAGCGGAGACCUGAGGUUUCAGUGAAAUACUGCUGUGAAACAUUUCUUAGCGCACCAUAAAAAUAAACGUUUGUUUUAACU